AUGGGCACCAUUGCGUCUCAAGCUGGCUGCAGUUGCGAGAAGGGCGCAUGCUGCAAGAUCGUGGAGUUGACUCCCGGCGAAGAUGGAGAGAUACGGCAAGUCGGUGAGGCGACGCUUAGAAAGUCCAGCUCGGCAGUCAGCGAAAGUUCGGCGAAGAGGAGAGUGCAGCUCAGAUCAGCGACCAAAGAGUAUCGCUACGAUGAGGAGCAUCAGAAGCUCCUCACCCAAAAUGAGGAGGGAGAGACUGGCACUCUGGGUGAUCUAGACUGGCUUAACUGGCUGGUCGCAAGCCAUUGGACGUACUUCAAGAACUCGACCCAAAAGCUCAUGAAGGAGGAGUUGGAGCCCAUGAUCCAAGCGGCUCUUCCUCCACCUCUGAACAUUAUCGAGUUCAAGGAGAUCCACCUGGGCGACCGAAAACCGGUCCUGGGGCCGAUCCAGACUUUUUUCGAGACGCAGAAUGGCUUCGAAGGCCUGAAUAUCGAUACCAACGUAACCUGGCUGUGCGACGGCAAGAUUAUUCUUCGAAUCGGCGCAGUGGAGAUUGGCGUAGAAAAUUUUUCGCUCAAGGGCAGCGUGCACUUGCGACUGCGGCCCUUGCUUGAGACGCUGCCUGUAGUGGGUGGCAUGCAGAUCACCAUGCUGUCUCCACCCAUGACGCACUGGACUUUCACAGGCGGUUUGGCAUUGGGGCUCAAGAUGGACAUUGUCACACGGACCCUCCGGAAGGUGCUGGCAGACAUCCUGAGUGACAUGCUGGUGGUGCCGAACCAGAUCUUCGUGCACUGGCUCGAGGCGCAACAUAUAGGACUGGAUCUGGACACCCUGGAGUUUCCAGAGCCAGAGUUCCUGAUGCGGCUGGGCGUGCUGGAUGUGACGGGUCUCGCCGAGACUUGGUCCCUGUGUGGUUCGCGGUCGUCGGAGGGCUACGCUAUGCUGCAGGUGGGGGCCCAGACCUUCCAGGCUCCAGCCAAGAGGCAGUCGCGUGAUGAUGGCUGGUACGACAUCCUCGUUUUCCACGCGGACCAGCAUGUUCAUGUGGAGGUCUUUCAGCAGAGUCUCACUUCGCAGGGAGACCACCUGGGCGUCGUCAAAUCCUUGACUGUGCAGAAGCUCCUUCAGGAUCCAGACUCCUGGUGGUCGCUCACUCCGCAGACUCCCAGGAAGAAGACGACCGAGUCCGAAACCGACAAGGAAUCGCCAUCGGUUCAUCUGAGUGCCCAGUUCUUCUUGCUGACGCCGAGUGCCGCCUCUGUCCCAGCUGGGCGUGGGAUGGCAAAUCACCAGGCUUUCAUCUUCGUCCACCUCAGGGGUUGCCGUGGCGUCAUCGCGGAAGAGUGCCGCGGAGCAAGGAUCCGCUUCAAAUGGGAGGACGCAGAACAGCUCAGCAAGUCCUCCUUCUUCCAACCUGUGGAGGAUGACGCAACAGUCUCCGUCUCGACGCAGAAGAUGGUUGAGUAUCUCUGGGAGAAUUCGAAGCUUUCCAGCCACAAAGACAAGUUGAAGCACAUCGUGGAAGUCACCGGAAUGCCGAUGGACGAAAUCUCCGCGAUCGUGUACCAGCGCCCGACCUUUACCAUGCGCUGGGGCCAGCUGAUGAUCCUGGGUAUCCAAGAUGCAGAUGCUGCUACGGUGAACAUCUCCCUGGAAUUGCCAAGCCUGCGAGGUGUCAGUUACGCUUCCUUGGAGCAGCCAAUCACGUUGGAAGACCUCAUGGCUCAGCCAGAUUGGGUCAUGGACCGACAUCUAGUUCUCAAGCCGGAUCUUGCCAUGUCAGGUGGGACCAUCAUGCACACGGACAGUGUGGAACUGAAUGCUCGCUUCAAACUCCGCUGCGUCUCCAUCCGGUAG